ACGACCGCUGGCAACAUGGUGCUGCUGACCCGCGACGCGCGGCGCACCGCCCUGGCGGUGGACGGCGAGGCCCGCGCCGCCGAGGUGCGCUCCAAGCGGCGCGAGAUGCAGGUGGCCAGCGACCUGUUCGUGGGUGGUAUCCCACCCGACGUGCGCCUAUCUGCGCUCACGCUCAGCACCGUCAAGUACGAGCCACCUUUCCGCGGCCUCCUGGCCAACCUGAAGCUGGGCGAGCGGCCACCGGCUCUGCUGGGCAGCCAGGGUCUGCGCGGCGCGGCUGCCGACCCCCUGUGCGCUCCUGCGCGCAAUCCCUGCGCCAACGGUGGCCUCUGUACCGUGCUAGCCCCCGGCGAGGUGGGCUGCGACUGCAGCCAUACUGGCUUCGGCGGCAAGUUCUGCAGUGAAGAGGAACACCCUAUGGAAGGUCCGGCUCACCUGACGUUAAACAGCGAAGGUAUGGGUCCCUUACUGUUCUCCGAGGGGGGGGCCGGGAGAGGAGGAGCCGGCGAUGUGCACCAGCCGACGAAAGGCAAGGAGGAAUUUGUGGCAACCUUCAAGGGCAAUGAGUUCUUCUGCUACGACCUGUCACACAACCCGAUCCAGAGCAGCACUGACGAGAUCACACUGGCCUUCCGCACCCUGCAGCGCAACGGGCUGAUGCUGCACACGGGCAAGUCGGCCGACUACGUCAACCUGUCCCUCAAGUCCGGGGCUGUCUGGCUGGUCAUCAACUUAGGCUCGGGUGCCUUCGAGGCCCUUGUGGAACCCGUCAAUGGCAAGUUCAACGACAACGCCUGGCACGACGUCCGGGUUACCCGAAACCUGCGCCAGCACGCAGGGAUUGGACACGCUAUGGUAAACAAACUGCAUUAUCUGGUGACCAUCUCGGUGGACGGCAUCCUGACCACCACAGGCUACACACAGGAGGAUUACACCAUGCUGGGCUCUGAUGACUUCUUCUACAUUGGGGGCAGCCCCAACACAGCCGACCUGCCUGGCUCACCUGUCAGCAACAACUUCAUGGGCUGCCUCAAGGACGUGGUCUACAAGAACAACGACUUCAAGCUGGAGCUGUCCCGCCUGGCUAAGGAAGGGGACCCGAAGAUGAAGCUGCAGGGGGAUUUGUCUUUUCGUUGUGAGGAUGUGGCUGCCCUGGACCCUGUGACCUUUGAGAGUCCUGAGGCCUUUGUCGCACUGCCCCGCUGGAGCGCCAAGCGCACUGGCUCCAUCUCCUUGGACUUCCGAACCACUGAGCCCAAUGGGUUGCUGCUCUUCAGCCAGGGCCGGCGGGCUGGGGUCGGGGUAGGCAGCCACAGCUCUGCCCAGAGGGCUGACUACUUUGCCAUGGAGCUGUUGGACGGUUACCUCUAUCUUCUGCUGGACAUGGGCUCUGGGGGCAUCAAGCUGCGGGCUUCCAGCCGCAAGGUCAAUGACGGCGAAUGGUGCCACGUGGACUUCCAGAGGGAUGGACGCAAAGGCUCCAUCUCCGUGAACAGCCGCAGCACGCCAUUCUUGGCUACAGGAGAGAGCGAGGUCCUGGACCUGGAGAGUGAGCUAUACCUGGGCGGCCUUCCUGAGGGUGGCCGGGUGGACCUGCCGCUGCCUCCUGAGGUGUGGACAGCUGCUCUGCGGGCUGGCUAUGUGGGCUGUGUUCGAGACCUCUUCAUAGAUGGACGGAGUCGAGAUCUCCGGGGCCUGGCAGAGGCCCAGGGGGCUGCAGGUGUUGCCCCCUUCUGCUCUCGGGAGACGCUGAAGCAGUGUGCGUCAGCCCCCUGUCGAAAUGGAGGCGUCUGUCGAGAAGGCUGGAACCGGUUCGUCUGUGACUGCGUCGGGACCGGCUUUCUGGGUCGGGUCUGUGAGAGAGAGGCCACUGUCCUAAGUUAUGAUGGCUCCAUGUACAUGAAGAUCAUGCUGCCCAAUGCCAUGCACACGGAGGCUGAGGAUGUGUCCCUGCGUUUCAUGUCCCAGAGGGCCUAUGGACUCAUGAUGGCCACCACCUCCAGGGAGUCAGCUGACACACUGCGCCUCGAGCUGGACGGGGGGCAGGCGAAGCUCACCGUCAACCUCGACUGCCUGCGCGUCGGCUGCGCACCUAGUAAAGGCCCCGAGACACUCUUUGCGGGGCACAAGCUGAACGACAAUGAGUGGCACACAGUGAGGGUGGUGCGGCGUGGCAAGAGCCUGCAGCUGUCUGUGGACAACGUGACCGUGGAGGGACAGAUGGCGGGAGCCCACACUCGGCUGGAGUUCCACAACAUUGAGACGGGCAUCAUGACAGAGCGGCGGUUCAUCUCUGUGGUGCCCUCCAACUUCAUCGGGCACCUGAGUGGGCUGGUGUUCAAUGGUCAGCCCUACAUGGACCAAUGCAAAGACGGGGACAUCACCUACUGUGAGCUUAAUGCUCGUUUUGGUCUGCGUGCCAUCGUGGCUGAUCCUGUCACCUUCAAGAGUCGUAGCAGCUACCUGGCUUUGGCUACGCUGCAGGCUUACGCCUCCAUGCACCUCUUCUUCCAGUUCAAGACCACAGCCCCCGAUGGGCUUCUGCUGUUCAACUCAGGCAACGGCAAUGACUUCAUUGUCAUCGAGCUGGUCAAGGGGUACAUCCACUACGUGUUUGACCUGGGGAACGGCCCGUCCUUGAUGAAGGGAAACUCAGACAAACCGGUCAAUGACAACCAGUGGCACAAUGUGGUGGUGUCCAGGGACCCAGGCAACGUGCACACGCUGAAGAUUGACUCCCGCACUGUCACGCAGCACUCCAAUGGUGCCCGAAAUCUGGAUCUUAAAGGGGAGUUGUACAUCGGUGGCCUGAGCAAGAAUAUGUUCAGCAACCUGCCCAAGCUGGUGGCCUCUCGGGAUGGCUUUCAGGGCUGCCUGGCCUCUGUGGACCUCAACGGGCGCCUCCCAGACCUCAUUGCUGAUGCCCUGCACCGCAUCGGGCAGGUGGAGAGAGGCUGUGAUGGCCCCAGUACCACCUGCACCGAAGAGUCUUGUGCCAACCAGGGCGUCUGUCUGCAGCAGUGGGAUGGCUUUACCUGUGACUGUACCAUGACUUCCUAUGGAGGCCCUGUCUGCAAUGACCCUGGGACCACAUACAUCUUUGGGAAGGGGGGAGCGCUCAUCACCUACACAUGGCCCCCCAAUGACCGGCCCAGCACGAGGAUGGACCGCCUGGCUGUGGGCUUCAGCACCCACCAGCGGAGUGCCGUACUGGUGCGAGUGGACAGCGCCUCCGGCCUUGGGGACUACCUGCAGCUGCACAUUGACCAGGGCACUGUUGGGGUGAUUUUUAAUGUGGGCACGGACGACAUUACCAUUGAUGAGCCCAACGCCAUCGUGAGUGACGGCAAAUAUCACGUGGUGCGAUUUACUCGAAGUGGUGGCAAUGCCACCCUGCAGGUGGACAGCUGGCCAGUCAACGAACGGUACCCAGCAGGAAACUUUGAUAACGAGCGCCUGGCGAUUGCUAGACAGAGAAUCCCCUACCGGCUUGGUCGAGUAGUAGAUGAGUGGCUGCUCGACAAAGGACGCCAGAUGACCAUCUUCAACAGCCAGGCUGCCAUCAAUGGGGGCCGGGAUCAGGGCCGCCCCUUCCAGGGCCAGGUGUCCGCCCUCUACUACAAUGGGCUCAAGGUACUGGCGCUGGCUGCCGAGAGCGACCCCAACGUGCGGACCGAAGGCCACUUACGCCUAGUAGGGGGGCCGUCUGUGCUGCUCAGUGCAGAGACCACUGCCACCACCCUGCUGGCUGACAUGGCCACCACCAUUAUGGAGACCACCACCACCAUGGCCACCACACCACUCGCCGGGGCCGCUCCCCCCACAAUGAGGGACAGCACCACCCAGAACACAGAUGACCUCCUGGUGGCCUCGGCUGAGUGUCCAAGCGAUGACGAGGACCUGGAGGAGUGUGAGCCUAGUACUGGAGGAGAGUUAAUAUUGCCCAUUAUCACGGAGGACUCCUUAGACCCCCCUCCCGUGGCCACCCGGUCCCCCUUCGUGCCCCCGCCCCCUACCUUCUACCCCUUUCUCACGGGCGUGGGUGCCACCCAAGACACCCUGCCCCCGCCCGCCGCACGCCGCCCGUCCUCGGGGGGCCCGUGCCAGGCUGAGCGCGAUGACAGCGACUGCGAAGAGCCCGUGGAGGCCUCGGGCUUCGCUUCUGGGGAGGUUUUUGACUCCCAGCCUCCCCCCACGGACGACGAGGACUUUUACACCACUUUCCCCUUGGUCACGGACCGCACCACCCUCCUGUCGCCCCGCAAGCCUGUGCCCCGACCCAACCUCAGGACAGAUGGGGCCACGGGCGCCCCCGGGGUGCUACUUGCGCCCUCCGCCCCAGCCCCCAACCUGCCUGCGGGCAAAAUGAACCACCGAGACCCGCUGCAGCCACUGCUGGAGAACCCACCCCUGGGGCCCGGGGUCCCCACGGCCUUCGAGCCGCGGCGACCGCCUCCCCUGCGCCCCGGCGUGACCCUCAGCCCCCGGUUUCCCCGUUUGCCCACAGCCAACCCUACGGGGCCGGGGGAACGCGGCCCCCCGGGCGCGGUGGAGGUGAUCCGCGAAUCCAGCAGCACCACGGGCAUGGUGGUGGGCAUCGUGGCGGCGGCGGCGCUCUGCAUCCUCAUCCUUCUCUAUGCCAUGUACAAGUACCGCAACCGCGACGAGGGCUCCUACCAAGUGGACCAGAGUCGAAAUUACAUCAGUAACUCGGCCCAGAGCAAUGGGGCGGUGGUGAAGGAGAAGGCCCCUGCUGCCCCCAAGACGCCCAGCAAGGCCAAGAAGAACAAAGACAAGGAGUAUUACGUCUGA